UGUGAAAAAUAAAUUAGUCGCAUUACAGUUUAUAAACAAGUUUCUGUUUAGUUUUAUACGAUAAUUUUGUUUCGUGUUACCAGCGAAACUCGUCAGCCGUAAAAAAAACAUACCCUCGAUGAUACUUACGAAGAGUUGGCGCGGAUUUCGCAAGUGAAAUAUUUAUUGUUUUUAACAAUAACUGCUACAUUUUUAAUGUCUAUUUAACGACCUAACGGAUUUACUGGAAAACAACAAAUACGUCUGUGCCGAAAUAUGCUACGUGGUUGCGCGGCAACGUACUUCCCGAAUGAAUACUAAAUAAUGAUUAUAGUAUAUUAAAAACAUUAAACAAGACAACUUAUGUAAUAAAAAUUCUAUGUAUAAUACUGUACCACAUUAUUUGUAAGCCGACAUCAAUGGAUUCCAUUGAUUUUGAUACAAUUAUACGACAUCCAAGAACUAUAAUUCACAUAGAUGUUGAUUGUUUUUAUGCUCAAGUGGAAAUGCUAAGACAUCCAGAGCUAGAAGGCAAACCAUUAGGCGUACAACAAAAGAAUAUUGUAGUAACGAGCAACUAUUUGGCAAGAGAAUACGGAAUUAAGAAAUGUAUGUCCGUUCAGGAAGCUUUACAAUUAUGUCCGGGGCUGGCCCUGGUGAAUGGGGAAGAUUUAACAAACUAUCGUCACUUCUCUGCUAAGAUACUGGAGAUAUUGCAUCAGUUUACUCCCUUGGUCGAGAGGUUAGGUUUCGACGAUAACUUUAUGGAUGUGACGUCUAUCGUGCAGAAAUAUAUGAAUUCUGGAAAUGAUUCUGAUCUAAAUAUAAGUAUUUCUAUGGAAGAUGAGAGUCCGGUUGGAGAAGUAUUUGGCCCGUCCGAAGAAGAAUGUCCAUGCGGUUGCCAUGCCCGAUUAAUUUUCGCUUCGAAAAUUGCAGCGGAAAUAAGAAAACGAAUUCAUAAGGAAUUGCACGUCACAUGCAGUGCUGGAAUAGCGCACAAUAAACUUCUAGCAAAACUGAUAGGGUCGUUGCAUAAACCGAACCAACAGACAUUAGUAUUCCCGUGCAGCGGACCAAUGUUGUUAUCAUCGAUAGGAUCUGUGUCUAAAAUACCAGGUGUUGGACAGAAAACUACACAGUUGUUGGUAUCGAAUAAUAUAAAAACAGUGGACGACUUGCGUAAAACGUCUUUGGAAAGUUUGGAAAUGAAACUUGGCGUUGAUUUGGCGAAGAAAUUAAAAGACAACGCGGAAGGUAUAGACGAAACCGUUGUGAAACCGACUGGAAAGAAACAGUCUAUAGGUUUAGAGGAUGGGUUUAAAAGUGUUUCUUUGGUAGCCGAAGUAGAAUCACGACUUGGAGUACUUUUGAGAAGAUUGACGGAAUUAGCUAUGGAGGAUGGAAGGAUUCCCAUCGCUAUGAGAAUAACGGUCAGAAAGCACGACUUUAAUAAACCAACUUCUGGCAAAAGGGAAACUCGUCAGUGUGCUUUACCAAAGCAUCUGUUGCCUUCCACGAAAUCCGGCGUUUACGAUCACGCUAAAAUGCUAUCGCUGGCAAUGAAACUUUUUCAUCGCACUGUCGACGUCUCUAAACCAUUCCACUUAACAUUGUUAGGCGUUGCUUUCACAAAGUUCGAAGAGAGAUCUUCUGGCAGAAAUAGUAUUACGUCUUUCUUGCGAAAGCAAGUUGCCGUUCAAUCCGUCUUGGACAUAAGUUCGGAGGAAGGUAUUUCCGACAUCAGUCUUGGAUCACCGAUGAGUAUAAAUCAAGAUAGUAACGAUGGUUCCGCGAUGAGCACCACUUCGUCACCAGUUUCAAAAUCAGUUGGCGUUAACAAUCAGUGUGCAGAGGACGACCUGCUGAACGAGAUCGAACCUUUACCAAAAAAGACCAGAUUGGAGGUAUGGUUAAGUGGCCGCAGAGAAUCUCCGAGCAACGAAAUGGCAGAUCUCAGACUCAGUCCUUCGUCACCUAUGCAAUUGUCCCCGAAAAUCGACGCGGCGGUUCUCAAAUCAUUACCCAUAGACAUUCAGAGGGAAGUCACCCGUACAUGGCCGACAACUAGUAAACCAAAACCGAAUAAUAUACUUAAAUAUUUCAUAGCCAAUAAGUGACGGAGCUCUGUGGUCUAGAAACAUAACAUAGCCAUCUUUCUGUACACAUUUCUGCAGCUACAAUAUUGGAUGGCAGCACCAUGUGAUAUUAUGACUUUAAGUUUACCAAUGUCUUUAAUUAAUUUGCAAUUUUGGGUAUUAAACUUCUAUAUACAUAUAUUUUCUAUAGCAUUUACAACAAACGGAUGUUAAAUAGAAAUCGACUUUAUCGCAUAAAUCUUGAUCAUAUUUAUCAAAUGCAAAAAAAGAAUCAAUAAAUUUUGCAUGGUUGUAUAAAACAAUAUUACAUAUUAUUGUUUAUUUAUCUUGACUAAUCCGAGUGUAGUUGAUUAAAGUAGACGUAUGUGUUUAGUGUACUUGCAUUUAAAAUAUGCAUUAUUCGUGAAAGUAUUUGGAAUAUUCUUUAAAUCGUUUUACAAAUCUCAAAGGAAAAACCAGAAUGUACACUGACUGUUAACCGAUAGUAUUCUCGUUUAAGUAGAAUUGUUCGUCGCGAAUCGAAGAUAAAAAAAAGUUAUUGAAUAAGUUUCAUUGCCAACUUUCACAAGCACGUUACACGCGUGUGUGUGUGCGUGUGUGUACGCGUUGCGUACGAUCUCGAGUGUUCUGUUACGCAUUUCGUAGACAACGUUCAGAGUUCAAUUAAAUAAGAUUGUCUGUUAUCGUAAAUUGAAUAUUUAUCCGUUCGUUUAUUUCACUGCGAGGAGUAUUUCGUUGAUAGAAGUAUAUUCAUGUGUUCAAACGGCACACAAGUUUCUGACACGCGUAUGGUUCACGCAUUUUCGAUAUAAGUCCGACGUCUUAAAUGGGGUGCUGGCAUUUGAUUUUGUACAUAUUCUCUAGUGACUAAACUAUAAUUGUAUGAUUUAAAAUUAAAACAGAAAUGUUUAUAUUUUUAGUACUAUCGAUGUAUGCUCUGUGCGUGCGUGUAUGUAUGUAAGUAUGUAUGGUGUUGUGUGAGAAUGAAGGAGAGUGUGUGAGAGUGUGUGUGUGUGCGACGAGUGUUGCGAAAAAUACACUAUACAGAAUACUCGAUCGCCGUAUGUACUACUGGUAAGGAGUUCUAAUCGAAUUGUAAAUCAUAAUUUAUAUAUAUACAUAUAUAUAUGUAUAUGUAUGUAUAUAUAUAUUUUAUAUAGUUAUUCAAACUAUUAGACAAUCAUAAAGUUUUAUCGGUUCGAUAUGGUACAAGGUGAAUAAUUAUAAUAUAUACUUUAAGCACACACGCAGAUAAAAUGUAAGCCAUCGAUCCACGCGACUUUGAAAUUAUUAUAUUACAGAAAAUACGGACAUGCGCGCGUGCGCGUUUACUUUCACACGGUUACUUAAAACGUACAUGCGUUAGAGCGUGGCCAGCGGCAAGUGAUACUGAAACAGUAGCUUUUGUAAACGAUAAAAAAAAAUACUUAUAUAAGGAUACGGAAUAUUUAUAUAUAUAUAUAUAUAUAUAUAGGUAUAUGUAUGUAUAAAUAUAACGUUAGUUGACCGAUAGCAAGGCGCAUAGAGAUUAGUUACGUGCGAGUUUUUCUUUUUUCUAUGUUUUAUUUAUUUACUGUAUGCACGGGUAAAGCGGUACAAUUCUGACUAUUAACUUCUGGUUGUGAGAACAUGAAUAUUUUAUACGUACACGCCACGGGGAAUAUGAGCGGUUGCGAAACCCUUGCGCUUGUCAUCGUCCAAGUUCUGAUCAAUUCGAAUAACACGGUAGUUCGCGCGUCUAAAUGAUAAUUGUUUCGAUAUCGUUCGAAAGUAAUCGACUGAUGGCAAAAGCACCACGAUUAAAUUGACUUUGAUGUUGUACA